UUCAAGGCCGAUGUUUGCAACCUGCUAGAAAAAAACCAGCUGUACCAGUACUAGUACCUUCCAAGCCAGAUGUUUCUUCAAUGUUCUAGCUCCCACAAUAUCCAUUCCCUUACCUACCUCUUCAAAUUCCCAAUGUUGUUCGACUUCUUCAUCUUCUAGCAAUACUAUCACACAACAAAACCAAUUGCAGUACAAUCUUGUUUCUCUGUUUUUUCCAUUUGCAUUUGUGGGUUUGCAAAUGGCUGUGGCUAUGACUUCUGGGGGUAUUACUAUUGGGCUUUACACUAACUUCAAACCACUUGACAAGCAACCCUCCUCCAGAACAGCCCUCUUCACAGCCUUUUUAGGGUUCGAUCCAGUUCAACGCUUGUGCAUUUCUACUAGUGGAAGAUUCUCAUCUUCCAUAACUACAAUCAUUCGAAGAGCAUCAUCUGCCACAGCUGUGGAGGGUGGAAGUUAUCAGGAGAUUGACUCAAUUCCAACACCAAAAGUUAUAAUAGACCAAGAUUCUGAUCCUAAUGUGACUGUGGUAGAGAUAACAUUUGGCGAUCGCCUCGGAGCCCUUCUUGACACUAUGAAUGCACUUAAGAACCUUGGGCUGAAUGUUGUCAAGGCAAAUGUUUAUCUCGAUUCUUCUGGAAAGCACACCAAAUUUUCCAUCACUAAAGCUGACACUGGUAGAAAAGUUGAGGAUCCUGAGUUGCUUGAGGCAAUUCGUUUGACGAUUAUAAACAAUCUGCUUCAGUAUCAUCCGGAGUCAAGCUCCCAAUUAGCAAUGGGAGCCGCCUUUGGAAUUAUUCCGCCAAAUCAUCAGGUGGAUGUGGACGUAGCAACCCACAUCAAUAUUUAUAAUGAUGGCCCCGAUCGAAGCUUGCUGUGUGUGGAAACGGCAGACCGCCCUGGAUUACUGGUGGAUCUUGUAAAGAUUACCACUGACAUAAAUGUUGCUGUUGAAUCGGGAGAAUUUGACACUGAGGGGUUAUUGGCUAAGGCAAAGCUUCAUGUCAGCUACCGGGGUAAAGCCGUCACCAAGCCCCUUCAACAGGUUCUUACAAAUAGUUUGCAAUAUUUCUUGAGACGACCGACAACCGAAGAGGCAAGUUUUUGAGAUGUUAUAUAAGACGAACAUGUUGGAUUACUAUAUAUUAAUAAUGGAUUUUGGCAAUUUCCUCAAUAACCCACAUUGGGGAUUAAUGUUGUCGUAAAUUUCUCCAAUCUGUGCUCAAAAAAAAUUUCUCCAAUCUAGUAUGUAUGGACAGAAGAGAGACACCGAUGCCACGGUGGCAGUUACAUUGUAAGUCUAUGUACUGUAGCAACAUUGUAAGAUGAUCAGCUGUCAUCACAAUGUAAGAGUAUCAAUGGUUUCAACACAUGCUUGUUUCACA